CGGCCGACGACGCCGCCAAAACGCCCCAAGAGCGCCUCCAGAGGUUCCGUAGCCAUUUUGGCUCAAGCAGGGGCCUCGAAGCUUGCAGCGGGUGGCCGCCAGCCUGCCAGAAGGCACCCCGCCAAUCAUGCUCAGCCCGCGCGCGAGGUCUCAAGACAUGGAGGGGCCUCUCGCCGCACAGGGGAAGGGCAAGGUGGAGUGCCUCGGACCGCACGUGCCCAGCUCGGCCCCCACGCGCUGCCCCACGCUCGACGACUUGCUCACGCUCGACGACGACCAGGACGCCGAUGCGCACCAGGAGGACUGGGGCGUCGCUGCGCUUUCGAGGGGCGGCGACGAGCCGGCGCUCCUCAAGACGGCGCUCUUCGAGACCGUGCCCGUCAGGGACGAGCGCCCCGGGAGGGGCUCUGCGAUGCCAGCGCCCCCGCCGAGGCGCCUCCGGUCCGAGGCGUACUGGGAGCUGAAGGCUGCCGCCGCGCGGCGGUUGGCGUGCUCGCCUUGGGAGGUGGGCGUGCGGCCGCGUUGCCCGCGCGUCGACGAAGGCGGCUGCCUCGGGCCCGCGGCGGCCGCGCCGGCGGCAGCGGAGGGCGCCGAAGGCGAGGGCCCGGCGGCGGCCGAGCCCCCAGCAGCAGGAGCCGCCCAGGGCGGAGGCGCCGAGGGCGGCCCCAGGAGCUGGGCGGGCGCCAUCUCAAGGGAGUUGCGCCGCGGGGCGCUCGUGCCGGUUGUUGCGCCUCUGGCCUCGCCGCCGGCUGCGCCGCCGCGGUCGCCCUCCGCAGCAGUCGGUGCCGCCCUGAGGUCGCGUGGCCGGUCGUACCACCCUUCUAGGGGUUGCUAGGAGCCGCUAGUCAGUGUCAAGUUUUACGUCUUCCCGACUCCGGUUCCCAUCCUUGUGGCGGCCCUCAACCCAGGUGCUGGGGCGUUCUGACUAAAAUGCCCAUAUGAGGUUGCGGCACGUUCUGACUAAAAUGGCCAUGUGAGGUUGCGGUACGGGCCAAGGCCCGCCCUCUUCUUCAUACAGUGUGCAAGCAGUCCCUGGCAGGAUUGGGAGCACGUGCGCGGUGAUGAGAAAAACAAUUUGAGGUUGCCACUACAGGGUUAGCCUCCACACAAUUGGGACUGGGGUUCCAAACGCCCGCCCAGAUUCGCGUGGCUGGUCGUGCCACCUUGCUGUGAUUUGCUAGGAGCCGCUGGUCAUUGCAAGCAGUUGGGAGCGAACUUCAACGGCUAGCGGCUCCAAGACCAAGCCAUGCACUUUUUUUUUUUUGCGCUCUCGGCCGUCUGCAGGCCAAUUGGCGCCCCCCGACCCGCGUGCUGGGAUGUACAUUCGAGGUUUCUUUGUCGCUCCCCAGGCCCCAGCGUGCCUAGGAAGCCCUGCUUUGCAGACAUCCCAGCACAGUUCGGAGCCGAGCCUCUCACCAGCUCCCCAGCUAGUCGCGCCGGGCUGUACGUAGAAGUCCAGGUUGUGAGUAAUGUUGUAGUGUCGCUUGGCGUGUUGGAGGCACGCGGGCCAUCGCACUGUUCAGUGUUGGUACUGCAUGGCUCGUGCGCUUUGGGCACGGGGUCGUAUCCAGCUGAAGCGCUCACAUCCGUGGACUGAGUAGGCGCGCCAAAAAGAACACAGUCUAACUGGACGUAGCCAGCAGUUUGGGCCAAGGCCCGCCCUCUCCUUCAUACAGCGUGCAAGCAGUCCCUGGCAGGAUUGGGAGCACGUGCGCGGUGAUGAGAAAAACAAUUUGAGGUUGCCACUACAGGGUUAGCCUCCGCACAAAUGGGACUGGGGUUCCAAACGCCCGCCCAGAUUCGCGUGGCUGGUCGUGCCACCUUGCUGUGAGUUGCUAGGAGCCGCUGGUCACUGCAAGCAGUUGGGAGCGAACUUCCGGACUGCCGGUGCAACCGCCAGCGGCUCCGAGACCAAGCCGUGCCAUUGCUCUUUUUCUUUCGCUCUUGGCCGCCUGCAGGCCACGUGGCGCCCCCCUCACCCGCGUGCUGGGACGCUCUGACUGGGAGGAGGAGUGCCCGUUUUGAGGUUGCCGACGCUGCGGCAGCCUCCACGCAGCAGCGCUGGCGAGUGGGCCCUCGUGCCCGCCCAGCGUCCAUGCCGCUCGGCGCCGAGCGCCGAGGCCCGGACCCGCUGCGCCCGCGACGGUGCCCCUUCACCGGGGCCUUUGGCCGCGCGCCAUCCUCAAAGCCUCAAGGCCUCCGCCGUCUACUACUACUGAGAGGGACGACGUGGGGGAGGACGAGUUUUAUUCUCAGCCGAGAGCUUCGGGGGACGGGGGUGAGCAGCAUGAAAGACCCUCUGCGGUUACCUGUCUCCCCUGCCUUCCAAUCGCUGGGGGCGUCCUCGCGACUUGGCACAUUCCCAACGGCUGUCUUGAUGCAGACGUCGCUGUCCAAGAACAUCGGCAGAGUCUAUCGAGAAGGCCUAGUUCGAGUUGUUCCCAGUGCCUACGCACUCGGGUAGGCACGCCAGGUGAGAGGCACGAGGCCCUCUAGGUCAGCCCGCUUUUUCGCAGCAUGGUUGCGUAUUUAGGAGCUGGACCUUGCAGCCGUUGCCUUCAGAUCAGGUGGGAUUCCCUGCCGCGGAGAGCUACGCUGCAGGAUUGAGCCACACCGCCGUGCAACUGUAUACAGUCCGCAUCGCUAGACAUACAAAAAAAACACCUUCAGAGGCCCCUCCAAAGGGCCCCAGAAGCCG